UCUAUUGGGAUUUGACUGACUGGUAGAGAAGUGAUGACUGAGGGCUGGUCUGUGCACAAAUUUGCCCCUUUUAAUUGAUAGAUCUGCACUUGGAGCUGGGGAUGUGCUUCCCAGCUACAGGAGAUGUACCUGCUUUAGCUCUCUAGCUAGUGCAGUAAAAAUAGUAGUGUAGCCAGAACAGACAGUGCCAGUGGUAGGAGGGGCUUGCUGCCCUGAGUACUGCCUAGGGUCUCUGAUAGGAUCAUGCUUGUGGUGCUGGCCCUCUUGCUGUCCUUAGUUAAAAACAAGUCCUUAGGUAAACUUGUGUGUGUAGAAAGGCCAUGGAUCUAUGCUUUCUUGCAGCCAUCUUGUUUAUAAGUGAAGAGGGUGCUGCAAUAUGUGGGACCGAAGAUUGGGGGAGUUGGACUGUCUGAAGAGGAAAAGGAUAGAGCUGUGGUAAAAGUCCUAAAGACGACCUGCUGCCAAAUUAAAGUGAGUGGUCCACUGAGGAACCCCAACAUGUCCAGGAGAGAAGGGAGCUGGCAGUGAAGCAGAAAGCAUAUUAUUCUCCCUUAAAUGUUGUAAAGUGUCUCCUAAAGAAAGCCUCCAGUAUGGGUGAUGACAUAAAGUUUCGCCAGCAGCUUCUAGUCAUCGAUGAAAACCUGGGAACUGAAGAAGUGGAGGCCCUGAAAUUUCUCUGUAGUGACUUGCUCUCCUUCAAAAAGCUGGAAGCUGUAGAAUCAGCUCAGGACAUCUUCCAGCUCCUCAUGGCUAAGGAUUUGCUGAAUAAGGAAGAUACUUUCAUACUAGCUGAGCUUUUGUACAGGAUUAGGUGUCACUUCCUGCUCCAGAAACUUGGCUACACCAAGGAAACCGUGCAAGAAAAUCUACCCUGGAAAGGGAAGGUAUCUCGGUACAGGCAGAUGCUGUAUGAACUGUCAGAGGACAUCACCAGUGAGGAUUUAAAAAGAGCCAUGUUCCUCUUGAGGGACCAGCUCCCAAAGAAGCUGACAAAUAUGUCCAGUCUAGAGCUGCUGACCUUUCUGGAAAAACAAGACCAUUUAGCACAGAACAACCUGCAAAUACUGGAGAAAAUCUGUAUGGACAUUUCACCUGAUCUCCUGAAAACAGUAAACAAAUACAAAAUGGAAAGAGCUCAGCAGGAAAGCAGUCUGCCAGUCAAAGAAACUGCAUCAUUUUCCCAUCACAUCUCUGAAGGACUGUUUCAUUCUGGAGGUGAUGUCAGGCUAUUGACUUCCUCACAGGAGACCCCUAUCAAAUCUCUGGGUUCUAAUAUUUAUGACUCUGUGAGCCUGCGGGAACAUGCUGGGAGUGUGCAUCUCAUAGCUGCCAGACAAGAUGACAAAGCAGUAAAUGUUAUGCAAGGCAUCUCUGAACUAAGCCAGGAACAACCUGCGAGAAUCAGCAACCCAGAAAGCAAAACAGAGAAGCUGAAGACCUAUAAAAUGGAUGGGCCACACAGAGGCUAUUGCCUCAUUAUUAAUAAUUUUAGCUUUACUGGGACUCUUCAGAACAGGAGAGGAUCUGAUAAAGAUGCUGAGAUGUUGGCGCAAGUGUUUACAUGGCUUGGUCUGGAUGUGAAGACUUAUACUGAUAAGACAUCAGUAGAAAUAAAAAAUCUCAUGCAGGAAUGGCGGUCUUCGAAAGAUCACAGAGACAGGGACUGCUUUGUGUGCUGUAUUCUAUCUCACGGAGAGUCGGGAUUGGUCUAUGGGAUAGAUGAACAAGAAGUAACAAUCCGCACUAUCAUGUCCUACUUCACAGCCAGACAAUGCCCACAGCUGGCUGAAAAACCCAAACUCUUUUUUAUCCAGGCAUGUCAAGGCAAAGAGAUACAACAGGCUGUCUACAUUGAAGCAGAUGCACAGAAUCCUGACUUGCUUCCCAUACAGCAACUAGUCCCCCCUUCCGAAAGCAUUCCGGAAGAAGCUGAUUUCCUCCUUGGCAUGGCCACAGUGGGUGGUUAUGCAUCUUUCCGCCACGUAGAGCAUGGUACUUGGUACAUUCAAGCCCUCUGCAAUAAGUUACAGCUCUUGGUACCAAGAGGUGAAGACAUCUUGUCAAUUCUUACUGAAGUCAAUGAAGAUGUGAGCAAACGUGCAGACAACUUGGGGAAAAAGAAACAGAUGCCCCAGCCAGCCUACACCUUGAGGAAGAAACUGAUAUUCCCAGUGCCUAGAAGUCCACCCCCAUCACAGCAGCAAUAGAAUUUUUUGUUUCUUUUCAUUCACAAUCCCAUCUUGCAUUCAAUACCAUCCAGUACAGCCCUUGGAUAAACCAGCGCUCUUCUUAUUAAAUCAGGUGGAUGGUAAAUGAUUACCAUCCAGGAUGAGGUCUUCCUGAAAUUGCUAACACAUGGAGCUAAAGGAGAGUAUGAUGGGCCAACUGCUCACAAUGUCUGUUUGCGGAAAUGAUUGGUGGUGGUGGUGGUGGGGUUUGCUGGCAAUGUGAAUAUAUACAGAUUUUUGCAAGCACUUGUAGGUUUCUGCAGGUGAAAUAGGUGCUGCAUCCAUUACUGUGGACACAAUAGGUGCACAUGGCUUUCCAUAUCUACACCAGAGGGGUGUUAAUGGUCUGCUUUAAGCCCAUUGUUCUUUUCUCUGUACAUUAAUGAUUUGGAAUCCUGCCAGUGAGCUCUCCUAUCCUGUGGAAUAGUCUCCCAAAUCAGAAUGAACAAGACAUCAGCAAAUGUAGUGUAGGGAGCUAAUCCUACAAUGGCAGGUGGACACUGGUCUAUUCCCUCUCAAAUUUAAAUGACUUACUCUUUGUGGAGCCACUAGAUUCCUCAUGUAAAGCAUUUAUUAAUCCCACAGUGCAUGCUGUUGCCUUAAAACUGGAUGUUAAUUUGGUAUGUGGUUGGUUUAGCAUUCCUUGUCCAACAUCAAAUAGUUCCAGAAGCACAAAAUCUGCAUUAUUGCCUCCUGUAGGAAACCAGCUUUCUCAUUGCCUUAUCGUGGUUAUGGUUCGACAUGAAAGAGCUGCUGAUUAUCAUUUAUCUGUCAGAUGGGGCAUCUAACACUGCUGUGGACACAACAGGUUUUGGUUAGCUUUGUUUUUAAGCACAAAGGUCUACAGGGAUUAAUUUCUCCAUUAUUUACAAAGACCACCACAAAUGUGGACAUAUGAGAAAUGGGUGAGAGCUAGGCUGGAACAAAACUCCUGUCUUUGGGGUCAGGGUGACUAUAUCCCCUGUUCCAAUGAGAGUAGACUAGAGUCUGUGUAAAAUCCACCUUGCAGGACUGUCCUGUGAGAUUAGAAGUGAAAUUCAGUGUAUAGUAAAAUCUUCAGUGGUGCAUCUCUUACCUGCAGGUCUUUUUACUUUGUUUCUUGUCCAGGAGUGUUAGUGUCCUCAUGUGGUGACUAGGGUGUAUGGCAACAUAAAUGGAAAUUUAAUUGGCAAAAAUUCCAGUUGUUGUUAAAACACCAACUUACAUUUCUAUAGCUGCUUCCAUUUCAAAGUGCUUUGCCAACACUAUCCAUGCAGAGCUAGCUCCAUCAACAAAAUACAGCCACCUCGGGUUUAGAAGGCAGCAGCCAGCUUUGAAUAGCAGUAGCAUGGGUUUUGGGGAGAGGGAAACUUUUGGCCAAGAAGAACAGGGCAAUUCCCUAGUCCCACAAAACAUGCAGUGGGAUUUUUAGCAUGUACAUACAGCAGACAAAGCCUCAAUAUUUUUUAGGGUCUCAAUCUGAGACUCCUCCUAUACAAUAAACUGCAUAAAACUCAUCUACCUCAAAGGCAAGUAAGGUCAAUUGGACCCUGCUGGGAUAUGAAUCUGUGGUUUCAGAAAUGCUAGCUAUUUCAAACUUUAUGCUCCGAUAAAUCAUCCACUCCUGCAUGUAUAAUAAAAUGCUGCUAUUUUAAUAAAAGCUGGUAACAUUUACUUUU